AUGGAGUUUAAACUUGCGUCUAUUUUUUUACUUGCGAUAACAGCUGGUGUACUGGCGACAGAUAUAAAAAUAAAUGAAGCGCCUUAUCAAGUCAGUAUUCAAUUCCACGGUAUUCAUUACUGUAGCGGUGCCAUAAUAAGUGAUUAUUGGGUUGUUACAUCAGCGCAGUGUUUAAAAGACAUUGGUUUAAAUUCUCCAUACUUAACUAUACGUACAGGGGCUACAAGUACUCAGCGCGAUGGUUCUGUUCACAAAAUUCAUACUUACAAAGUGCAUGAGAGAUUUGAACUUAAUGACGGAAACAUUCCAUUUUAUGAUAUUGGACUUAUUCAAGUCGCCGAUUAUUUUACUUUUGACAGUACAUGUCAGCCAAUUAGAUUAAUAAAUCCUUACGAUCCAACAGUACAUAAAUCAUACAAUGUUACUGGUUGGGAUAUACAUUACAAUGAUAAUGAUAAAAAUGGUACUGAUGUAUCUGCUGGUUUGAAAAAACAAAAGUGGAGACAAGUCGAUCAUUCCAAGUGCCGGGAAUUUUAUUUUUUUUGGGACAAAUUUAAUGAUAACCUUGUCUGCGCGGUCAGUGAAGGGCAAGUCGAAAAUCCGUGCGCUCUUGGAGAUCUUGGUGACCCAUUGGUCAUUGAUGGUUAUCUUGUAGGUGUCAAAUCAUGGAAAAUGGAUUGUGAUGUAUAUCCACACUUACCGACUCUAUUUACUAACGUCCGUAAUUUUUAUGAGUGGAUUAUGACAACCAACGAGCCCAUUCCAAAUUUGUUGCAGACAGACAGAGAUGAUUAUGAUUAA